AUGAUAUCUGAGAGCGUCAAGGUAGCAGAGCCUGCUCUGCAGAUUGUGCGCCGGUACACCGACCAGAUGCAGCAAGAGGGCACUCGGGGAAACCUAGGGCAAGCACUCGUUACCAAGGCAGACUUCGAGAGACGAGAGGAGGCACUGGGAAGAAGCACUCCUCAGGUCUCAGCGCUAGAGUCAUUGGAAAUAUACCAAGACACCAAUUUAGGAGACAUUGACUUGCAUGAGGCUGCCCUCUUGGCCGACAUAUCUCGGGAGCUAGAGGCACAGUGGCCUAAGGUCGUCAAAUCUUUACCGAAAAGUGAAAGAGAUAGCAUUCCCUCCAAACCGGAUAUUCGAACGCUUGCUAGACUUUUCAGUCAAGCACAGAACAAGCUCAAUGCAAAAUCGAACUCAAAGUCUGGCAAGAUCAAAUCUUGGUUUGUGGGAGUAGCGAAGUCUAUCAACAACCAUAAGUAUUUGCUCAGACUUCUACCUGAAGGAGACAAAUACACCUCAGUCUUGGUUGGCUCUUUCACAGUCUUAAUCCAGGUUGCGGUGACAUACAAUGAGACUGCGGAAAAUGUAUCCGACUGUCUGGAACGUCUCUCAAGCCAAGUACCGCUCCUUGAAGAGGCUCUCAGGGCAAAUUCCCGUCACCCGUACAUCAAGUGGCAAGUCAGCAAGUACUAUUGCCACUUCUUCCGAUUUCUGGUACAUCUCUUGACAGAAUGGCUUUCAUGCUCCUCUUCGAAACGCUUCUUCAAGAGCUUUGGAGACAGCAUUUUGAGUGCCUGCGACUCGGCAAUUAGGAAGAUGACAGCGUGCAAAGACGAUAUCAUGCAUCGAAUCAUCCUGAUGCAGCAACAUACAAUCACCGACAUAUUUACAAAGCUUGACCAGAUUGGGAGUUUUGUCCAGGCCGGCUUGGUUGGCACUGCUGUCGAUCGAUCCAGAUUAUGCGACGCUCCAAGGGCUUCUUCAACAAUCGAAUUGCCGUCAUCAAAGACAUUACCACAGAGUUACAAUCCUGACGCAAGAAGUGAAAAGGUAGUGACCGUCAAAUUCAGGGGUUCUGACCAGGAAUUUGAUUGCAGCGGUGGCCAGAGAGAAAUUGAGCCGGAGCUAGUUGAAGAUGAACUCGCCGAAGAGAACGAGUUUUGGACAUUCGAAAGAAUGAAAGAGUCUCUGAAGCACUUGGAUACUUUCCAUCAAGAUGCUCACAUUUCAUCUCUAACGUCUCCGCUGAAGCAAGUAUCCGUGAGUGCAGAGAUGCGGGCUGAUCUCGUGAAGAUGGUUUCUUCGAGGCAAUCGGCAGCUCUCUGGAUAGAAGGGCCUGACAACAAUGAUUUGCCCUCACAGGCGACUUUGCUAGCAGCCCAGAUGGUUCACGAUCUCGGUCAGCUGAAUAUUCCUACGCUCUGUCACUUCAUCCACCGACCAAAAAAAGCGUCUUUGGACCGCGAGCGUGCGCUCCUGGAUAUGGUGUACUCUCUGGUAUACCAGAUAUCCCGGGCACUUCCGGAGCAUGCGCAAUUCGAAGCAGGUAUUGUCGAAAAAGUCAAAUCGAUUUCCCCGGUCCCGCAGACCCGUUCCGAGGUGACCCGUAGUUUAGCUCCAGCGAUCAACCUACUCGAAUCCUUGUUGGAAUAUCUUCCCCCGCUGUUGUUCUGCGUGGUAGACGGGUUUCAGCUUCUCGUGAGACAGUCGAACUCUCCAGAAAUGAAAGCAGCUACCAAGCAUUUCAUCGCUUGUAUCUGCGAGGCAGCAACGCGCCAGCUCAUAGAUCAGCCGUCGAUUUUCAAAUCGCUUUGGACCACGGAUGGGCCCUGCAGGGACUUACAGCAAGCGAGAAGGAGUCGAGUUCUGGCACAUUUGGGAUACGAGGACGAUGAGGAAUUCGAGUCACUGGCUCUUCGUGGUAGAGAGAUGUCGCCACUGACAGAGGGGUAA